AUGCCUACAGCUAAGAUAAACUGUUCGGCAGUUCAGCAGCUACUAUCACAAGAUCAAACCGUUAGUAGCUCCUCAUCGAAAGGACCAUCGAAUCUAAUCACCACACCUUAUGGACUUGCCCUACUAGAAAUUCAAGGUGAAUUAAAUCUACCUCAUACCAAACCUGAUAUACCAUUGAACCAAUUACUGCCUCUAGAUCAAGAGAAGAUGAAGAACUUUAUCACUGUCGAUGGUAUCUAUGAUGCAGUCAAAUUUGGCCAUUUACAAUUUGAUGAGAAAGAUGAUCUGAGGGUGACGUUAUUUAUUGGCAAAAGUCAACGAUUAAUUGGUAAUGUCGCUAAAUUGGAUGUUCCAUUAGGUGUGUUGAAGGUGCCGUUAAAGCAGGAGGCUCGAAAUGGGCAUGGUGAUGUGGAUAUGGAUGAGGAGGAGGAGCAAGAGAUUCAAAUGGUUGAUAUCGUAAGAGCUAAAAUGAUAUUCAAACAACGUCCAUUACCAAUUAUGUAG